ACGUUACAUUUUACUAACCGACAAACCAGUUUGCAGCGUUUUUUUUAAUAAUUAUGACUACUAUAAUACUAUAGUGAGCUAAGAGUUUUAUUCUGUGACCAAUUAUUUCAUUUUUGCAUUGAGUUUAACGACAGACAAUUAAUUACCUUUAAAAAUCAGAAUAAUGUGUGAAACAAAGUUAAAGUUACAAGUAGUUUUAAUAGUCUUAUGCGUGGCAUUAAAAGGGCUUCAAGCUGUUGAUGACUCUCUACUAUACACGGUGACGCGAGCACCUCGGUACUUCGGAAUUUUGCAGGACCAUAGAGGACAGCCUCUCUCUGUCGAAGUAUCAGAAGAAUAUAUGGACCAAGAUUACAUAGCUACUAAUAGAAAACGACACAAAAUCGACUGGAACAAGAAUCCGCUGGACAUGGAAGACUUCGAUGACGACGACACGGAAGAAGUUUUGGAUGACAAGGACAAAGAUGUGAAAGUAUCAAACAAAUACAACCUACAAGCGGGCCCCGUAUAACAACAAAACUACUAAUAAUUAGGCAUCUAUCUAAGAAAACAAUGUUAUUAAUAAAUACUUACUUAAG